UUCGAAACGGAAGCAAGGGAAAGAAGUAUUCACCGCCAAUGGAAACUUCCAUUGUUUCCGUCCUUUCAUUAUAUAUAUUCCCUUGAGGAAAAGGAGAAAUUUAUUUUAAGUAUUUUACGAAAAGCCUCUCAACUCUCAUUUCUUCUUUAUUCCGUCUUCACUUUAGGGUUUCUACUUUGCAAUUCCUUUUCUCUCACCUUUCGUCUCGUCUCCCCAACCAUUUCUCUCAGAUUGUAUCGAUUUUGACGGAAGUUUGUAGGGAUUUGAUUGGGGUGAUUUUCUGAAUUUUACUUGUUUGGCGCAUGGGAUUGAUAGGUCGGUAAAUUAUAGGUUUUGCAGAUUGAGUUUGGUCUAUGUUCUGUGGUUUGUUGUUCGAUUUGAUUGGAUAGUGAGGGGAUUCGAUUUUCAGAUGCAGGCGAGUCUACCAUCGGGAACUGUCUGAUCGCACUCCUCGCUCGGGAACCAAAGCCGAGCGAACCAUCGAAUUGAGGGGCGGUGGUCCUUUGUAUGGAAACUCGUAGCCGGAAGCGGGCGGAGGCCUCCUCAACUGCCCCUUCUUCAUCGUCAUCUCCCUCCGGUCCGACCACCCGCAACAAGCGCGCUCGUCUUUCCUCCUCUACUGCAGCUGCUGCACCAACCUCUUCUUCCUCCUCCUCGAUCCCUUCCGCAGCCACAAUCACCACAGUCACCACCACCAGGACCCGCCCUUCUCGUGCAACAGGUAUUAGCGCAACUAUGGACCCCACUAAUGAGUCGUCUGGGUCUCGCCGUGAUCGGAACCGUGGCAGUGGGAGCAAUAAAGCCAGCGAAGGCAGCUCUGAUAAGGGAAAGGAAAAGGAGCACGAAGUUAGGGUUAGGGAUAGGGAUAGGGAUAGAGAUAGGGAUAGCGGCCUGGGAGUGUUCAAUAUGGACGUUACAGGAGGUGGCCGUGGCAGUGCUGGUGCAGAUGAUGAUGACAACGAUAGCGAGGAGGGUGCUGCAGGGGAUUUGCAUCAGAACCUGACAUCUGCUAGUAGCGCGCUCCAAGGAUUGUUGAGGAAGCUCGGAGCUGGGCUGGACGAUUUGCUUCCAUCGGGGGGCAUUGGGUCUGCCUCGUCCUCUCACCAGACUGGGAGGUUGAAGAAGAUUCUCUCUGGGUUGCGUGCCGAUGGGGAGGAAGGAAAGCAGGUGGAGGCUUUGACUCAGCUUUGUGAUAUGCUCUCGAUUGGGACCGAGGACUCCCUGAGUACAUUUUCUGUGGAUUCCUUUGUUCCGGUGCUGGUAGGUCUGCUUAACCACGAGAGCAAUCCUGAUAUUAUGCUUCUUGCGGCCAGGGCGCUCACUCACCUGAUAUUGAUUGUGAAUAUAAUGGAACAGUCUCUGCAAGCACUUAAGAAGAUUUCACAGGAACAUCCUACUGCCUGUUUGCGAGCUGGGGCCCUAAUGGCAGUGCUUUCAUAUCUGGAUUUCUUCUCAACGGGAGUUCAGCGGGUAGCAUUAUCUACUGCUGCAAAUAUGUGCAAGAAACUUCCUUCAGAUGCCGCUGACUAUGUUAUGGAAGCUGUCCCUCUGUUGACAAACCUCCUUCAGUAUCAUGAUUCAAAGGUAUUGGAGCAUGCUUCUGUCUGUUUGACUCGUAUUGCUGAAGCAUUUGCAUCAUCACCAGACAAAUUAGAUGAGCUAUGCAAUCAUGGACUAGUUACGCAGGCUGCAUCAUUGAUUUCCACCAGCAGUUCUGGAGGUGGACAGGCAUCACUCAGCACAUCAACAUAUACGGGUUUGAUCCGGCUGCUUUCCACUUGUGCGAGUGGGUCCCCACUGGGAGCUAAAACAUUACUUCUACUUGGGAUUAGUGGCAUUCUCAAAGAUAUACUAUCAGGUUCUGGUGUGUCGGCUAAUGCAUCUGUUCCACCUGCUUUAAGUAGACCAGCAGAGCAGAUUUUUGAGAUUGUUAAUCUUGCAAAUGAGCUUCUUCCUCAACUGCCACAAGGAACAAUAUCCCUUCCAGUCAGCUCCAAUAUAUUUAUGAAAGUCUGCUCUGAAAAAUCUCCUGCCAGCAACUCUGGGAAACAAGAAGAUGCAAACGGAAGUGUUCUUGAGGUUUCAGCCCGAGAGAAGUUGUUGAAUGACCAGCCUUUGCUUCUUCAGCAAUUUGGAAUGGAUCUCCUUCCGGUCCUGAUACAGAUUUAUGGUUCAAGUGUCAAUAGCCCUGUUCGUCACAAAUGUCUCUCAGUUAUUGGAAAAUUGAUGUACUUCAGCAAUUCAGAGAUGAUCCAGUCUCUGCUAGGUGUGACAAACAUAUCAAGUUUCUUAGCUGGUGUUUUGGCAUGGAAAGAUCCUCAUGUCUUGGUUCCUGCCCUCCAAAUUGCUGAGAUUCUUAUGGAAAAGCUUCCAGGGACUUUCUCAAAAGUUUUUGUUCGAGAAGGAGUGGUUCAUGCUGUAGACCAACUUAUUUUAGCUGGUAAUCUAAAUUCUCCUUCUCAAGUUGCUUCUGUUGAGAAGGACAAUGAUUCUACCCAUGGAACAUCAUCACGCUCGAGGCGUUAUAGGCGGCGUUCUGGUAACUCUAAUCCGGAAGGGAAUGUGGAAGAAGCUAAAACGCCUGCUUCUAUUAACAUUGGUUCUCCUCCAAGUUCUGUAGAAAUUCCAACUGUUAAUUCCAAUUUACGCACAACUGUCGCUGCAAGUGCUAAAGCAUUUAAAGACAAGUACUUCCCAUCUGACCCUGGGUCUGCUGAAGUGGGAGUUACAGAUGAUCUUUUGCACUUGAAGAAUCUUUGCAUGAAGUUAAAUGCUGGUGUUGACGAUCAAAAGACAAAAGCAAAGGGAAAAUCUAAGGCUUCUGGGGCUCGUCUUUCUGAUUUUUCCAUCAGCAAGGAAGAGUACUUGAUUGGUGUGAUAUCUGAAAUGCUGGGAGAACUAAGCAAAGGGGAUGGUGUAUCCACUUUUGAGUUUAUUGGCAGUGGUGUUGUUGCAGCAUUACUAAAUUACUUUUCUUGUGGGUAUUUCUCCAAGGACAGGAUCUCAGAAGCUAAUUUGCCCAAGCUUCGUCAACAAGCUCUUAAAAGGUUUAAGUCAUUCGUUGCUAUUGCUCUUCCUUCUAAUGUAGAUGAAGGUAGUAUGGCUUCUAUGACUGUCUUGGUCCAGAAGCUUCAGAAUGCUUUAUCCUCAUUAGAGCGUUUUCCAGUUGUGCUUAGUCAUUCACCUAGGUCCUCCAGUGGUAGUGCUCAUCUGUCAUCUGGGUUAAGUGCACUAUCUCAGCCUUUUAAGUUGCGGCUCUGUCGUGCCCAAGGAGAAAAAUCACUCCGUGAUUAUUCAUCGAAUAUUGUGCUGAUAGAUCCAUUGGCAAGUUUAGCAGCAGUUGAGGAUUUUCUCUGGCCCCGAAUUCAAAGAGGUGAAUCUGGUCAGAAGCCCUCAGCGUCAGUGGGAAAUUCUGAAUCUGGAACAACACCAGCUGGAGCUGGGGCUUCAUCUCCAUCCACCUCAACUCCUGCUUCCACCACUCGUCGUCAAUCUUCUAGAUCUAGAUCAGCUGUUAACAUAGGGGAUGCCUCCAGGAAGGAGCUAUCACAAGAGAAAAGCACAAGCUCAUCGAAGGGAAAGGGUAAAGCUGUUUUGAAGCCUGCUCAGGAAGAAGCAAGAGGACCUCAAACGAGAAAUGCUUCUCGUAGAAGAGCAGCCAUUGAUAAAGAUACACAACUGAAACCAGUUGCUGGAGAUUCUAGUUCUGAGUAUGAGGAAUUGGAUGUUUCUCCGGUGGAGAUUGAUGAUGCGCUAGUGAUUGAAGAUGAUGAUAUUUCUGAUGAUGAAGAUGAUGACCAUGAAGAUUUGUUACGAGAUGAUUCUCUUCCUGUUUGCAUGCCUGAUAAAGUGCAUGAUGUGAAGUUGGGAGACUCAGCUGAGGAUGGUGUUGUUGCUCCAGCAGCAAGUGAUAGCCAGAAUAACCCAGCUUCUGGAUCUAGUAGCAGAGCAGCUACAGUUAGGGGCUCAGAUUCUACUGAUUUUAGGAGUGGCAGUUCUUUUGGUUCAAGGGGUGCGCUGUCAUUUGCUGCUGCCGCCAUGGCUGGGCUUGGACCUCUUAAUGGUAGGGGUAUAAGGGGUGGUAGAGAUCGGCAAGGGCGGCCUCUUUUUGGUAGUUGUAAUGAGCCUCCAAAACUAAUCUUUACUGCUGGUGCGAAGCAGCUUAACAGGCAUCUGACUAUCUAUCAGGCUAUUCAGCGACAACUUGUGCUGGAUGAAGAUGAUGAUGAGAGGUAUGGUAGCAGUGAGUUCAUGUCCAGUGAUGGAAGCAGGCUAUGGAGCGAUAUUUACAGUAUCACAUACCAAAGGUCAGACAGCCAGGUGGAACGAGCAACUGCUGGAUCAAGUUCAAUUACACCAUCAAAAUAUACGAAAUCUGCUUCUGCUUCCAUUUCCAAUCCUGAUUCUCAAUCACAUAGAAUGUCUCUUCUAGAUAGCAUUUUGGGAGGCGAACUUCCAUGCGAUCUAGAAAAGUCCAAUCCUACAUAUAAUAUAUUAGCAUUGCUGCGCGUGUUAGAGGGUUUGAACCAGCUUACGACUCGUCUAAGAGUGCAGAUGGUUUCUGAUAGUUUUGCUGAGGGUAAAAGUAGUAGUCUAGAUGAGCUGAGUGCUACAGGUGCUAGAGUUCCUCAGGAGGAUUUUGUCAAUAGCAAGCUCACGCCAAAAUUAGCUAGGCAAAUUCAAGAUGCCCUAGCCCUAUGCAGUGGAAGUCUUCCAUCAUGGUGUUACCAGUUAACCAAAGCAUGCCCUUUCUUGUUUCCUUUUGAGACUCGGCGGCAGUAUUUUUAUUCAACCGCUUUUGGAUUGUCACGCGCAUUAUACCGCCUUCAGCAGCAGCAAGGCGCUGAUGGUCAUGGAUCAACAAAUGAAAGAGAGGUGAGAGUUGGGAGAUUACAGCGACAGAAAGUUCGUGUAUCUCGAAACCGCAUUUUGGAUUCUGCUGCAAAAGUGAUGGAGAUGUAUUCUAGUCAAAAGGCGGUGCUUGAAGUAGAAUAUUUUGGGGAAGUAGGAACUGGGUUGGGUCCUACCCUUGAGUUUUACACAUUAUUAAGUCAUGACCUGCAAAAAGUUGGUCUUGGGAUGUGGAGAUCAAACUUUUCAUCUGAAAAGUCAUCAAUGGAAAUUGAUGGCAUUGAAGAUAAAAAUGGAAAAAACAAUUCACCUGUAGUUGAUGGAGAUAUGGUGCAAGCUCCCCUCGGGUUGUUUCCCCGGCCUUGGCCACCAAAUGCUGAUAUAUCAGAAGGUAAUCAGUUUUAUAAAGUAAUUGAACAUUUCCGUCUUGUUGGGCGGGUGAUGGCUAAAGCCCUUCAAGAUGGACGGCUUUUGGAUCUACCAUUGUCAACAGCAUUUUACAAGCUUGUACUUGGUCAGGAGCUUGAUUUGUAUGACAUUCUUUCGUUUGAUUCCGAGUUUGGCAAGAUUUUGCAAGAAUUGCAGCUCCUUGUUUGUCGCAAACAAUAUUUGGAAGCAGUGGGUGGUGAUAAUAGUGAUGCUAUUUCCAAUUUAUGUUUCCGAGGUGCUCCAAUUGAAGACCUCUGCUUGGAUUUCACACUUCCUGGUUACCCUGACUACAUUUUGACAAAAGGGGAUGAAAAUGUUGAUAUCAAUAACCUAGACGAGUACAUUUCGUUGGUUGUUGAUGCAACUGUCAAGACUGGAAUUAUGCGACAAAUGGAAGCAUUUAGAGCAGGGUUUAAUCAGGUCUUUGACAUCACAUCAUUGCAAAUAUUUACGCCUCAUGAAUUGGACUAUCUGCUAUGUGGUCGCAGAGAGCUGUGGGAGGCCGAAACGCUAGCUGAUCAUAUAAAAUUUGAUCAUGGUUACACUGCAAAGAGUCCUGCAAUUAUAAACUUACUUGAGAUCAUGGGAGAAUUUACACCGGAGCAGCAACGAGCCUUCUGCCAGUUUGUUACUGGGGCACCUAGACUUCCCCCUGGUGGUUUGGCAGUGUUGAACCCAAAGCUAACCAUUGUGAGAAAGCAUUCCUCAAAUACUAGUAAUGCAGCAUCAAUUGGAACUGGCACCUCAGAGUCAGCAGAUGAUGACUUGCCAAGUGUCAUGACUUGUGCCAACUACCUGAAACUUCCUCCAUAUUCUACUAAGGAAAUUAUGUACAAGAAACUUCUUUAUGCAAUCAGUGAAGGACAGGGCUCUUUUGAUUUGUCAUGAGUUCUUCAGACUAACCAUCAACGACCUGUGCAUAUCCAUAUCACAGUUCACUUCUCUUACCUUGGGAUUAUUUUGAUGUUUAAAAGUAGCAUCUUGUUUUCUCAAUAAUGCCUCCUUUUCUUCUAAUACUGGUGGCAUUGUAAAAGGUCAGAGAUCGGUUUAUUGCCAUCACAGUUCCGAGCUCUGAAGAGGGAAUAGCAGACUUCUUCCAGCUGCUAUGGAAUUUUGUAUAUAGAUAGGGAAUUCUGUAGAAUUUUUGUCUCAGUCUCAACCUAUUGGCUGGUAAAAGUAUACAUGUAUGGCAUAAAUAUUAAAAAGGAAAAAAAUAAAUCAUUGAAAUAUUAUUGAUUCCCUUUUUGUUGAUUCA